UCACGAUUCAGAGAGCAGCUUUCAGACACUGAUUUAUUCCCCAUUUUUGUGCCACGAAACUCUGGGACAAUGCAAUUCAAUCUUUCAGUACUGACUCUUUGCCUUCUCGGCGCAGUUUUAUGUGGAGUUGGGAGCACACCUUAUCAAAAUGCUCAUUCACACAUGACCUCCAAAGCUCCUCCAGCUACUCAGUCCAGCCCCACCACAGCUCGUCCAGUUAAUCCAACCACCAAUCCCAACAUUGCCACAACUGCCACAACUGGUCCAUCGACCACUGCCAAGACUUCCACAACUUUUCCACCCACCGCUGCCACAACUGGUCCAUCCACCACUGCCAACACUGCCACAACUGAUUCACCCGCCACUGCCACAACUGCCACAACUGCCACAACUGGUCCAUCCACCACUGUAGCACCCAGCAACGCUACUACAGAAACCUCUUCAGCCACAGCCACCGAGGCUGUUGCUGUAGGUUCAUCGGAAACGCUUUCACCUGGCGCUAUAGCUGGUAUUACCAUCGGCUCUGUCGCUGGGGUGGCUGCAGUUGGUGGCGGUAUCUUUGGCGCGCUGAAGUACACCGGGAGGCUCUGAGACCAGUUCUUUGCCAAACAAUGAUCUAAAUGGUUAUGGACUGCAAGCCACAACAUGUACCAUCUUAUGGUCAAACAGAUUAAUUUCUGACCCUGGUUAACUGGAUCAUGAAAGGAUCCUAUUGUCUGAGAGGCCCAUUAAAACAAUAUAUAUGCCUAUAUCCUUGACUAGGAUAGAAAGGGCCAAGAGGAAGACAAAAUUAAAUGUGACCACUUAGCUGUUUUGAUUGACUGGCUUUAGGUUAGGAAAUAAUCCUUAGUUAAUCAAAAAACUUUUAUUACUUUUAUUUUGAAACGAAUCGAAACUCCUUGUCUGAUGGAUUAAAAGCAAAUUCCAGGUUUUAUUUUUUGAAAAAAAAAAAUAAUAAUUAUCUGAAUGUUUUUCACAUGUGAUAUGUUUGGUCUUUUGGAUUUCUAUACAGUGGAUUCUAUUUAACAACAAUAAGCCAGAUUUUUUAUAUUUUUUUUUAAAUUAAAAAAAACAUAUUUUUAACUGCUGGUCAUAUUGUUUGGAGCAUAUUGUUUAUUUUUCUCUGAAAUCUUUGAUAUAUUUCAAAGAAAAAUAAUUUAGUUACUGUGUGCCAGUAGAUAAAAAUACAUAAGCUGCACUUUCUUAGCCUUCUUAAAAAAAUAUAUAUUUUUUAGGGUAUACAAGCUGAGUAAUUUGAUAGCUGAAUGAUGGUGAAGUUGUUUUCUUAUUAUUAACUGGGCUUCUGAACCCAAAUUCUGUAUUUCUAUGGAGACAAAGCCUUGAAACCAACCUAUACAUUUAAUAAAUAACUGUUUUCCCCCUUUCUAUUAAUUGACUUCUGUGAAAUGCUAUUACAUCUUUGUAAAAUAACAAUAGCUCAAGAUCUCUGAGUAACGCCCAGGCGUUGAUUAUAUAAGUACUUCCGGGCUAACCUGAGUUCUUUGCUCAUUUUAUGAGUGCAAUGAGGUAACAGUAUAAUGUGUGUGUGCAUAAGUCAAAACAAGGAAACAAGGUUAUGUUAUAAAGAAACUUUCCAUGUAAUUUUACACAACCUGACGUCGGCUCUGUGCUUCGAUUCCCCCGC